AUGGACGCUCGGGGCGCCAGCCAACGCCACGGCGGCGGCGAGGACGUUGCGGGAGUGCAUCUUGAUCAUCAACCUCAUGCUUCUCGGCCAUCUGGUCCUGUCCGCAGCUAUCUCUCUUCGAGAGCUACCAUGCCUGUGUCGUUUGGUUCUGGUCCAUUGUCACGGCGUGGCGUCCAGCAUAACGUGACAACGAACAAUGGAAGCAUCCGUGCUUCGGCGAGAACCCGAACUAGCAUUGGCCAUGGAACAAAAGAAGCCGAGAUUUAGUAACUCUGUGGGGUUUGAUGGCUUUCGGCUGAAUUACAGUGUCACAGUCAAGACAUUAGCCGUCCUAUGCCCAACAGCAAGAGACAGUGGGAGGCUCACAGGUGAGAACCUUCUUUGGAACCUCAAGCCCUGCCACGCUCGGGCGAAAACCAGCAAAAUGCGGGGAACAGGGACAAGGCUCCCCAGAACGGGAUCCGGGGACGGGGUGGGUUCGACCAAGUUUUCCACGUGCCUCCCCGCAGCCCGCAUGGCGACUACCGUACUUUACAGCCCUAGAAGCGGUAGCGAUUCUCGUCAAGGUUGUAUUACGCCAAGGUUCCACCAACCUGGUCUGGUGUUAUUCGGCAUAAGACGGCGUAUGCCUUCCGCAUUGGGCCCGGAGUACCCCUUCCCGUUCACCUUGACACUACUGCGUACAACACAGUUCCUGUGGGCCUUUCCUGACGGUCGACGGCGUGCGAGUCGGUGACAGCUCCAAUUUCCCGAAUCACGAGUUGGGAGAGCCGCGCUAGAGUGGUGUUGUCGACUGAGGUUUGGUAUCAUCGCGGGAUGGGAGUGAGGUAUUGCUGCCCAUGAUGUCCAGUUCAAAUUCAGGCUCAUUGUCCAUAGCAACCUCAAGAGGCAACUGUAUCACUAGCCACCCGCCUUGGCCAGCUACAAUAGUAACUCUAUUGUUGAAGUAGAACAUUUCUCGAAGGCGGCUGGUGAGCGAGAAUGCAGGCUCACAAGCAGCUCGCACGAGGGGCGUCACCCGACAACGUGUGCAUGAGACUGGGGAUGGGGAUAAAUUCAAAGUACCGACUUUGCGGCUCCGUGACAGACUUGUUCAACACAUUUUGUUGUACCACCGGAAUCUGGACACAAUUCGCCACUUGACUUCUCGCCGCUUUAUCUGUCCUGAAUUAGUUGGAGAUCAGGACCGGUUCAUCUUCGGCUCCGGACUGCUCAUCUCGCUCAGGGACUGCUCAGGGUCUGCUCACUUUAUUCAGGGUCUGCUCAGGGUCUACUUACCUCGCUCAUGGACUGUUCAG